AUGGCCACCAUGGAUGAUGAGGACCUGGAAGCCUACUACCUCACACAGUACAGGCAGAAGCUCCUGCCCUUGCUCAGGAAACUCAGACUGACAGAGGAGGACUCCCCGUCUACACUUGUUCACCUCCAGGAGACGAAGAAACAACUCCAACAGAUGGAAAAGGCUCUGGAGGAGAAGAAACUGGCCUUCAAGGAGGGGAUGAAAGCCAUAGCCUGCCGGUGGAGAGACCUCCAUGACAAGGAGGCUCAGCUGAAAACCUACAUAGAGAAAUCUGGGACGAUUAUAGAGGAAAGGGAAAAGAUGAGAGUCCAAGCUCUGAACAAAGCCAUCAAAGAGAGAGAAGUGAAGAUGCAAAAGGAGACUGAGCUUUUGAGAGCUAAGAGGGAACUGGAAGCCCUGAAAAAUCAGCAUCAGAAACUCUACAACAGAGUGCAGAAGUACUCCAUCUUCAAGAAAUAUCUGGAUGAUGUGGUGAAGAUCUCACAGUUUGAGGAGAUGGAGGAUGUCAUUUGGCGCUACAAGACGCUGGUGAAGAUGCACAAUGACCUGCUGCACGCACAACAUAAGAACAAGGAAAUGACUGAGCAAGCCAAGGUGCUCCUGGACCAGUACACAGCAGAGAAAGAAGCUGAGAUCUUGCAGUACAAAACUGAACUGGUGCAGCUCCAACUACAUUUUGAUCAGGCUCGAAGUGACGUCCUCCUCUGGGAAACUCGCUGGGCCGACAUCCAGAACAUGACUGCCAAGAAAAACCAGGAACUGGCGACCAUCAAGUUGGCCAUCCUCAGCCUCUCCCAGUGCAUAAGCAUGCAGCUGAAAGCAAAAUUGAACGUGCCGGUGGAUGACAGCCACAGACAACUGGACAUGAUUCAGCAGUAUAUCCAAGACCACAUAGACAUCCUUACGGAGGUGUAA